AUGGUAGAUGCUUCAGCAGGAGAAUCGAUAAUGGCUAUAAACGUGGACGAUGCUUAUGAGCUGUAUGAGAGGAUAGCAGAAAAUCAAUCGAUGUGGCCGAGCGACAGGGAAGUCCCGAGGAAAACAAUUGGCAUAUAUAAGGUGGAUGUAGUGACAGCGUUGACAACACAGAUGAAGGCAAUAACUAGAAAGCUUGACUCUUUGACUCAUUCUGUGAAUAUGGUACAAACUCCAGCUCCGAAGGGCGGAGUUUGUGGGGGCAGAUCACAUUACUGCAAGUGGCCCUUUGGCUUCUACUCACAUAGGUCAGCCAGUAGAGAUCAAAUAGUAGCUGCAUUAGCCUAUAGAGCUCAAGGUACACUGCCGAGGGAUACAGAAAAGAAUCCAAAGGAACAAGUAUUAGCAGUUGAAGCUAUGAAUUAUGUAACUAUUAAGACACCAUCGAUCAAGCCUGUUACACUUGUUCGAGCUUAUGUGUCGCCUAUCCCAUUCCCUCAAAGGCUUCAAAGACAACCUAAAAAUGAACAAGUCCAGGCUAUCACAACGAGAAGCGGAGUUCAGCUGCUAGAAAUCACAGUGAAGAAGAAAGAGAUUGAGGAGAAUCGAGUACCUAUCUCGGGGGAAGAACAAGUGGGUCAGUUUGAAAAAUCAUCAAAUGUCAAUCAAGAAAAACAGUCAGACAAUCCACAGGUUAAGGCGAUCGCUCUUAGCAAUAAAAACACACCUUUAAUUCCACUCUCUCAAAGGUUACAAAACAAUAAAAUGGACAAACAAUUUAAGAAUUUCUGGAACACCCUCAGACAACUUCACAUCAACAUUCCUUUUAUUGACGUUAUUCUACAAAUUCCAAAUUAUGCUAAAUUCUUGAAGGAGAUGUUGACUGAAAAGAGAAAGCUACCAGAACAUGAAACAAUAACACUAACUGAAGAGUGCAGCGCGAUCAUCCAAAAAUUGAGAUUAGGAGAUCCUAAGGCGGCAUCUAUUAUCCUUCAGCUGGCGGACCAAUCACUAAAAGGCCCUUACGGAAUAGUUGAAGAUAUGCUUAUCAAGGUGGGAAAACUUAUUUUUCCAGUUGACUUCAUCACCCUCGAUAUUGAAGAGGCAUCUCAGAUGUCAAUAAUUCUAGGAAGGCCAUUCUUGUCUACAAGUCGAGCCUUGCUAGAUUUUGAUGUUAAUGAGAUUGUCUUGAGGGUGGAGGAUAAACAAUAG